ACGAUUUUGAAUUUUUUGGGCUCUUUCUAUUUUAUAAGAAGGAAUUCCAUCUUAAGACGUGUCUGUUAUGAACAACACAUUGUUUUACUUGGCAUGAGCUGAUCCUGACGCUAAGGUUUGCUCGGCUGACUCCUUUGCAAUCCCAUCUUCUUUCCUUAUAUACACUAUUACUAUACCGGGAGCUAUGGCUUAAUGCGACAAGGUGUUACAUAUCAGUCGACGAUGACUGCACGGAGUUGGGAGCUUAUAUACUGCCUCACAUGCUGAAUUAUCCGGUUCUUCCGAAGCAAUAAUCUGCUAUAUAUACUCAAACGACUAUAUCUAUUCUAUUCUACUCGACAUACAACAGACUACAAGCUAGAGCCAGGAGCUCCGCGUAAGAACAAUCACCAUGGCACAAACCACUCAAUCUCCGCUCCUCCGUCUACCGCUUGAAAUUCGCCUAAUGAUCUACGAAUACGCGCUAGACGUGCCGAACGAAUACAUGGACCGACCGUUAAUCGUGGUCAAUGAUCGGGGCAACGCUUUCACAGCGCGAGGCCGCUACCGCGCUCUAUCAAUGUGUCCGAGCUGGGUCGGCGAGAACGGCAAAGUCCGCAGCCUGCUCAACGUGAAUUGGCAAAUUCAUGACGAAGUCGAAGACUAUCUCUAUUCGCAUAAUACGCUUUUCUUCCUGAAUGCCUUUAACCUGGAACGGCUGGGGGCUUUCCUAGACACGCUUAGUGAGACGGCGCGCCGGCGCAUCCGGAGCGUCGGCUUUGAGAUCUUUUUCUUCGUGCAUUCGCAGACAGGGGUGCCGAAGCGCACGUUGAAGGAGUAUGAGCGUGCCGGGCGGAUCCUGAGUGAGAAGUUACCGAAUUGGAGUAGUGUGGUGUUUUACCUUGAUCCGAGGUUCUAUUUCCCUUCUGCGGCUGUUGGCGGAAGGGAGUUGUCGGCCAGGGGGGUCUGGUAUCUGGCGACUAAGUUCGGAGCCAUGAAGAAGGAGAUGCAGUUUUUUGCGCUCCCGUCUAUUCAUCGGCAUGUUAUGGAUGAGGCAAAGAGGAAAUGUCAGAUGGGGAGGAGGGGGUCGCAAGAGUGGUCGUUUCUUUAGCUUGUGAUUUUCAUUUGUUUUUUUUUUUUUUUUU